AUGGCCUCACUUGAGCAUGCGCUGAAUCCUUCCCAGCAAUACUGUUCGGAUUUCCUUUAGUAGAGUAAUGGGGUUUCAAGACACAGUCCGAGAAGGAGAACAAGACCCUUACAAGGUACAUGAUAUGAAGUCAAAGCAAGGAAUAUGUGAUCGUGUAAUCGUGCCAUCGGAAUGUUCCGGCGGCCUUUCAGGAUCUACCGUUUCGAAAAGUAAUUAGUUUUCUUCUACCACCACGUCACAAGUUUUUUUCCUUCUUCUUUAUACACCAUCUGUAAUUCUUUCCGGUCACUUUAGGUCUCAUAUAAGGAUUAUGCCUCGCGCCAAGUCAUUGAAUGGCCAACACAGUGAAGCGUACAACCCGGCAACUUGCUCAGUAUGUAACGCUAUGAUUUCCAACAAGACGGACAUGCCUAGGCACAUGAAAAUGCACUCCGUAGAUCGCGAAAAGCUAAUGCAUCGAUGUCCAUAUCCAGACUGCAACUUCGAAAACCUUCAGAAAUCAAACGUUGAGACUCAUAUCCGGACGCAUACAAAAAGCAAGACCAAUUCCUGUCCGGAUUGCGAUUUUGUUACUGUAGAUCCUGGCUCCUUAACUCGCCAUAGAAAGCGGAUACAUGGUUACAUUCCUAAGAUGCGUCGUUCAAGGCAGCCGAAACCACAGCCGGAUGCAGCGGGAGCUGAAGUUCCACCCAAACCACUCGCCCUUCGUUUCUCCCCUUAUUCAUCCGCACCUCAUCAGCACUUUGAGCUCCCACCUCACUGUGAUUCACGGCCUUCCACAUCCGCUACUCCUCCUGACCACAGAUCUGGGUCCCCGUCCCCAUCCCAGCCGCAGCCUAGGUCCGGAUCCCAUUCGCCAUCGACAAUGGCUGGUUCCUCUUACUCUUUCAUCCCAUCAGGUCGAUUAUUACGGCCUCGGUCACCGGCUGCUGAAACGACGAAGGUGCUGCCUUUGCAUCCACCUAGCCCUCGCAUUGACCCUGCUCUGUUGCAUGCUGGACCUCCUAGGACCAUAGUACCCAGUCGUAGCUGACAUCAGGUAGUUCAGGUUACCACCAACUGUCAGCAAAAUUCAUAAAUAAUACGAUCUGUGCCUUCGGUUUUGCGGCUAUUUAUUUCGGUAUUCAUAUCGAAGGCUGCAUUGAGAUUCUUACAUUAUCCUCUACAUGGUAUUUGUCUUCCUCAAUACACGCCUAAUUUUUAUUGUUAGACUUGUGUCAAAGUGAAGAGGUACUCACUUCGUCUUGUUCAUUCCGAAAA